CAGAAUUGCAUGCACUGAUGCCUCUUGUCAGCUGUGCCGCAAAUAAGAUCCAAAAAAGGAACUGUAAAUAGUUGAAUUUGCAUACAAAAGUUAAGUGUAUUGUCCAUUAUUUGUAUUUAAUUUUUAUUUUGUAGUGUCUGCAUGUUUGCACAACAUUUGUACCUACUGUUGUUUAUUUAUAUGGAAAUAAACAGUCGUUUAUUUCAUUCAUGCGUACUGGCAUCUUUGAGCAAAAUACCCCCAAAAUUUUUCGGCGCAGCGCGCCAACAACACCACCGACUGCUUACCACCUUGACUGAGACAUUUACUGGGGGAAACACUGCACAUGUAUACGCAGAGCCACUUAAGCUGCCAGGCACCAUAUACAUUGAAUGGUAGACUGUAUGAAAGACAGAGUUUAAUGAAAAGGAUAUUGAAGCCAAAUUCUCCUGGUCAUCACACUCCUUCUCAUGACACACCUAUUCAACAAAAGCAUAGAGAUCUUCUCUAUCCCGUUAGUCAAUGGUGUAUUUUGUAUUAAUUUUUUCUCCUGUCUUUAUAUCUCAUGUACUUCGAACUCUAAUCAAUUGCUGGGUGUGUACAUUUGUACAAAAUAAUUGUUAAAGAAUUUGCCGGAUUCGAUAGGCCUUAUUUAAGGCGCUCUCUUCCUAUCCACAGGUAGACCAGAUAUGCAAGGGACUAAGAGAAACCGAUGAAAAAAGUUAAUUGGAAUUUUUCCAUUUUCAGUCCAGACCAGUCCAGGCUGGAACAGACCAGAUUGAUCAAGGCAUUUUCACACCAGACCGAGAGGCUAGAUUUUGCUCUCUAACAAGUCAAGGUCUUCAGAGUGGAUGGAAGGAGAUGAUUUUAGUACAGAUGCAGUGAUGAACAUCUGUGAUGAUCUGAUGGCUGACCAAAGGAUGGACAUCUCGUCUACCAUGACCGACUUCAUGUCUUCCGGCUCGACCGACCUCAUCUCCAACACCACCAGCACACCCGGCCUGGACUACACCCGCAAAAGGAAGGGGAGCACCACUGACUACCAGAUCGAUGGCUUUUCUUUUGAUGACAUGGACCCGGACAAGGAUAAAAUGGGAAGUGACCCACAUGGCCGGAUAAAGAAUGCCAGGGAGGCCCACAGUCAGAUUGAGAAACGGAGGCGGGACAAGAUGAACAGCUUCAUCGACGAGCUGGCGUCAUUGGUGCCCACCUGCAACGCCAUGUCCAGGAAACUGGACAAGCUGACGGUCCUGCGCAUGGCCGUGCAGCACAUGAAGACCUUACGGGGUGCAGCCAACCCUUACACAGAAGCCAACUACAAGCCCUCGUUUCUGACAGACGACGAACUGAAGCAUUUGAUCCUAAGGGCUGCUGAUGGGUUUCUGUUUGUGGUUGGAUGUGACCGUGGCAAGAUUCUGUUUGUCUCCGAGUCUGUCUACAAGAUUCUGAACUACAGCCAGAACGAUCUGAUAGGCCAGAGUCUGUUCGAUUACCUUCACCCCAAGGACAUCGCCAAAGUCAAGGAGCAGCUGUCCUCCUCGGACACAGCCCCGCGCGAGAGGCUCAUCGACGCUAAAACGGGUCUGCCGGUGAAGACGGACAUCGCCCCCAGCCCGUCCAGGCUCUGCUCUGGGGCCCGACGCUCCUUCUUCUGUAGGAUGAAGUGCAACAGGCCCUCGGUCAAAGUAGAGGAGAAGGACUUCCCUUCCACCUGCUCAAAAAAGAAAGUGGACCGCAAGAGCUUCUGCACCAUCCACAGUACGGGCUACCUGAAGAGCUGGCCGCCCACCAAGAUGGGCCUGGACGAGGACAACGAGCCCGACAACGAGGGCUGCAACCUGAGCUGCCUGGUGGCCAUCGGCCGGCUGCACCCCCACAUCGUGCCUCAGCCCCCCACCGCCGACAUCCGGGUCAAGCCCACCGAGUACGUCUCGCGCCACGCCAUCGACGGGAAGUUCGUCUUCGUCGACCAGAGGGCGACGGCCAUCCUGGCCUACCUCCCCCAAGAGCUGCUGGGGACCUCCUUCUACGAGUACUUCCACCAGGACGACAUCGGCCACCUCGCCGAGUGCCACAGACAAGUCCUCCAGAUGAGGGAAAAGAUCAACACAAACUGUUACAAGUUCAAGAUCAAGGACGGCUCGUUCAUCACACUGCGGAGCCGCUGGUUCAGCUUCAUGAACCCCUGGACCAAGGAGGUGGAGUACAUCGUCUCCACCAACACCGUGGUCUCCUGUCCUAUGGUGGAGGGAUCAGACUACCCUCAGUCAGCCGCCUCUCCACAGAGCAUGGACAGUGCGCUCACCUCUGAGGGCGGGGGCCGGAGGGUGCUGCAGACAGUUCCUGGAAUCCCAGGGGGCACGAGGGCCGGGGCCGGGAAGAUAGGACGCAUGAUCGCAGAAGAGGUGAUGGAGAUCCAGAGGAUCAGAGGCUCCUCUCCUUCCAGCUCGGGCUCCAGCCCUCUGAACAUCACCAGCACCCCGCCUCCAGACACCGGCUCCCCGGGCGGCAAGAAAAUCCAGAACGGGACUCCGGACCUGCCGUCAACCGGGAUCCUCACCGGACCCGACUCCAUAGGGUACCCCUACUCUAACCAGUCCAUCAUGAGCGACAACUCCCACCUGAGCAUCGACAUCAUGGACGAGCCAGGCUCCAGUAGCCCCAGCAACGAUGAGGCGGCCAUGGCGGUCAUCAUGUCCCUUCUGGAGGCCGAUGCCGGCCUGGGAGGACCAGUAGACUUUAGCGACUUGCCCUGGCCUUUGUGAGACCCACCUGUGUUUAUGUGUUUGUGUGUAGGGGUGGGGCAGGGGUUCUACCUGUGCUACCUGCUGCCCCUCCCCCCUCCCCACCCCUACGUACGUGUGUCCAGAGGGUGGGUCUGACGGGGGCAUCGCCACGUGCCGCCCCCCCCUGCUCUCAUCUGGUGUGUACCGUCACAUGCAGGACAACAGCCCCUCCAUAGACGGCGCAAAAAGGGAGUUUUUCUUGAACACGUAGCUUCACGAAAAGAAAGAAAACCGUAUCGACUCCACCAGAUGUCCAGAACGGCCUCCUCCUAUGAAGGUUAGCGGGAUAUGACCGAAGAGUGCUGUGGCGAAGAGCAAGGCCCCUCUUCAGACUGUCAGAGGGGCAGCACACAUACCCCCCCCCCGCCCCCCACAGGAGCCUCCGCACUGAGGACGGAUCUCUAGGACCCCAGGGCUCGGGAACAAGAGCCCUCUGCUGCCGUUUUGUUUUUAUCAAUGAAACUGUCAAGGUUUGUUUGGAGUCCGAUGCCAUAUUAACUACUACCUACCUAAUGCUACCUGUUGUAUUCUUUAUCUUGAUGCUAUCCUAAGCUAGUCAGUAAUACUAUUUCCAGAUGACCUACUUUGUUCUUGCGAAGCCCUUAUAAUGAGUCAAUAAGUGACACAGGAAAGGUGGAUACUGAUCGAUUGGAAAUACAAUAUCAGAGUUAUGAGUGGCAUUGUGUAAAUUGCCAAAGUGCUGUAUUUUCAUACCUGGCAAAAACCUGCAUCAUUACUGUCAAGGUUUUUACUGUGCUUGUAUUAAACAACGCCAUCCCUUGACAACAGGGUAUCUGUGCAUUUAAGAAAAGGAUUUGGACUAUUUUGGUCAGACAAACUAAGCAACAUGUGUCAUAAUAAGCAGGGUCAAAAAAGGGCCACUCCUUUGGAACACAGACCUUCAUUCAACAGAAGUAUUACUAAACUGAGUAUCCCUAACAGUUGUUCUCGUGGGAAGGGAACAAGGAUGAAGAGAUCAUCCUUGGAACAGAUUGUUCUUCCUAACUGAUUACGUUGUUUUUUUUAAAUGAAAGGCAAUUUCUAACAGCUUGUAUGCCUUGGCCAGGUUGAAAAUGUGUUUAUUUGGAAGUUAAGAUUACUAGUCAAAAUGUUAAAAAAUUUAACCUGAACAUGAUACCUCUUUUAGUGAUCUUAUUUGUUGGUAAAUUAUAAUCCCACGAGAAUCAUAAAUCAGAAGGGACAUUUAUGAGCAUCUGAAAAUAUUUCUUAAUUUCUGUGUUCCCUUUUCAAAUUGUAGAUUUGUAUUUGCCAAUAUAACCAUAUGCUCAGAAUAUCUAGAGUUAAAUCAGAAUCUCUAUGUUCCUACUCAGCGAUGUUCUAUGUUCUAAUCCCCCUGCAUGACUAUCAAAGGUAGUCACUUAGAAUCCAUCCCAUAUAGAACAGGACUGAGGCCGAAGCUCCAUUUAGGGUCAAAUGAAACCCGCAUGCCUUUUUCACUUCUGUCUCAUCAGAUUGGUAUCCAUGGUGGUAGAAAAGGACAAAUUUGCCAUGUCAAAUUUCCUCAAAGGUCACUCAAAUAUUAACUUCAAGAUGACGUGAAUUUAACCAGUGAGUUAUUGAAUAAAAUGAUUUCAAUGUUUUCACUUAAUUUGAUUUCAAUCGAUAUUGUUGUAAUAUUGUACAGUUUUUCUACCUCUUAUAAAUGGUAUACAAUGCUACAAGUACCGGUCAAAAAACAGUUUUUGUUGGACAAAAAUCAUUACCAUCUUUUUCACCUUGCAACGAUGUAACUGAACAGACUUAAGUGGUUUUAUUCUUGAAUCAAAAAUGUGUUUCAACAAUUGCUUCUUAACCAGGUUAGAGAAGUAUUGACUGAAGGAGUUUGAACGGGGUAUGUAUAAUGUUCAAAAGGUGAUUGUUGCCGGCGUCCUCACACACUUGCUGGUGAUGCUGUAUCUCCUUGUCUCUGAACAGUUCUCUCGCAAUGCUUUCACACUACACACAACCAACAAGAUUUACCCUUGUUAAUAUACUGCCUCUUUCCCACCCCACAGUAAUGUAUCAGAUCUUUAAAUUUGUUGAGAGUAUACUUUAUGCAAAUAUAUAUAUAUAUAUAAGUAUGAUGUGUAAUGUAUCUGCUGUCAAAUAUUUUUCAAAUAAAAAUAGGUUUCUGUCGUUGAGCCAGUUAGUGUACUGUUUUUUUGAACGCUAUUAUUUUAAGAGAAGGAUCAAA